UAAACAACAAUCCCAGCACUUCCCCCGUAGACUCGGUUACUUAGACACAGGGACCAGGCUGAGGACUCUGAGCGGCAGCCCGGCGCACGCCACCUUCUCGUCAGCCAGCGAUCUGUCACCCCCGGUAACGCCGUGCCCUGCCACCGACACUUCUCUCUCCUCCUGUUCCCUGGUGCUGGAAAAUGGCGGCCUCGGUCUGUGUCAACAUCCAGAUGCUUCUGGAGGCGGCGGAGUAUCUGGAGCGGAGGGAGAGAGAAGCCGAGCAUGGUUAUGCUUCCAUGUUGCCUUACAAUAGCAAGGAGAGGGACAGCUUGAAGAGGAAAAGCAAGUCGAAGAAAAGCAGCAGCAGCAGAUCAACCCAUAAUGAAAUGGAGAAGAACAGGCGAGCUAAUUUGCGGCUAUGUCUGGAAAAACUAAAAGUAUUGGUACCCUUAGGUCCUGAAUCUAACAGGCAUACCACGCUAAGUCUCUUAACAAGAGCAAAGUUGCACAUAAAGAAACUUGAAGAUUGUGAUAGAAGGUCACAGCACCAACUAGAGCAGCUACAGCGGGAGCAGCGGCACUUAAAAAGGCAGCUAGAAAAAUUUGGGGUGGAAAGAAUAAGAAUGAACAGUGUAAGAUCGGCAGUGUCAUCUGAGAGAUCGGAUUCUGAUCAGGAAGAGAUUGAUGUGGAUGUCGAGAGCACAGACUAUUUAACAGCAGACCUGGACUGGAGCAGUAGUAGCAGCAGUGCCAGUGACUUGGACGAGAGAGGAAGCUUGCAGAGCAUUUGCAGUGACGAAGGUUAUUUCAGUGCCGGAAUUAAAAGGAUAGAACUACAAGACAAUCCCAAAGCCAGUGUUACCCUAUAAACCCCCAGUAAGAGAAGGUGAGGGGAGGAGGAGGGAGAGCUUUCAAGUGUCCCAGCAAUUCUUCCACCUCCUCCCCAGCACUCCUCCAUCAGAGACUGUCUUAUCUAGUGACUGCAUUUACACCAUAUUCUUGCAUGUAAAAGAAAGCCCACUGAGACUCCCAGCUCUUUGUUUGUUGCUUCCUUCCUUCGAGCUCCUGAGAGGUAUGUGGGUCUCAGUUUGUAUUUUACAUCACAGGCUAUUCCAUCAGCUAUUGUCCUCCAGGAGACUACAUUCCAAAAAAAAAAAAAAAAACACCACGAAGCACUCAGAUAUAUAAAAAAAAAAAAAAAAAAUCCUUAUACCGGUAUAUAUUCAUGUACAAGAGGUGCAACCAUGCAGCAGUGGUAAAGAUUGUUGACUUCAAAUGUGGAGGCGAGUGUGUGCUACUCACCUUCUGCGUCUGUCAUCCCCACCCACUAGAUUUGACCAAGCACAGAGGUUCAGCUAUCUCCUGCAACACGGAAAGUUUCUUGCAUCACCUGGAAUCCACAUCUGGGAGCAGUAUGAAGGAUUUACCUUGAAGGCAUCUUGCUAGAUGGCAAGGCUUCAGUUUACAGCUGUUAUACUAUCCAAUCGGAAGCUUCUAGGAGGCCACAGAAGAAGGGACGCGUCAUCUCUAUUCGGUGAUCCUGGCUCAGAACAGUGACAAUGCUGCUAAUACAAAUAUAUAUAUAGAUAUUUUAUUUUCACAAAUUUGUGCACCUUACGUUGCACUGAACCCAGCACACUCUUACGAAACACAAAGCUGGACCUCUCUGGCUUUUUUAGGAGAUCUAAAAAGCCACUGUUCUUUUUUUUAUUUUUCCAUUUUAGGUUUUUGGUGUCUGUAAUGGAGUCGUACAUACUGGUUUAUGGGAUUCCUCAUUCCCUGCAGUAAUAUUGGCUUAUUACCCAGCAAAUAGGUAUCGUUCCCAAAUCUGGCAUGUUAUCCAGGGGCAAGGCGUGGGAGAACCAAAAGUCCCAUCAUGUCUUGAUGAUCUGUGACUGUCAGGGUAGGCUUUGCCAUGUCAAAACAUCUGAAGGGGGUGGGCACCUGACUGCAAGCUGUACAUUUUUGAACAUAUGCCCUUUAAGUUUUUUAUUUUUUGGUGUCUUUCCAAAAUCUUUCCCCAGAAGACAUGCAUCCAUUCAGAGAGCGCUCAGUACAAAGACAAUGGCAGCCUUGUUCUGUUAGUAGAACACGCAGUGCUUUGGACACAGGUUUUACAACCAUUUUGCAAAAGUUUUUUUUCUUUACCUAAGCUGGACAUCUUCAGCUCCCAGCAUUUGUCGCUGCGUACAUGUACCCAAAGCAGGUUUCUCUUUUCUUUCUGUUGGGACAUUUUUAUUAUUUUCUACCUCAUAGAAAGAUGAACAAGAAUUGCUCAGUGCUUUGAGUGCAGAAUAUAAAAAUGUCUUGCUUUUUACAAUUUUUUUUUUAUUUUUAAUUUUUUUUUUUUUUUAAAUAAUCUCUUAUGUAACCAAACCUGGAAUGUGUGCCCUUAGGUCAGCAGUGGAUAAAACGGGAGCAGUGGGGAAGACGGGCAUCUAUUCAUGUCCUUUGAAAAGACCUCCAAUGGUUAGGCACUGUGGUAUUUAUUGAUUACAUCAGGUAGCUGUUUUCUGUGAUUUUGUCUAACUGCGUCUUAAAGAUUUUAUGUUUAUGUUUUUUGUUUUUUUUUACAUUUUGAGCUUGCCAGCUGAGACAUAUAUAGGACCACCCAAUGCUACAGAAACACUUCUGUAUAAGCUACAGCCUUUACUAUGGCAAUGUCAAGCAGGCGUCGCCAACCAAACCUGCCUCAGUUUACGCUGUUCUUUAGCGUAAGGCUGCAAUGUCAUUGAACUGAAGAUAUUCUAGGAGAAAGGGCACUACUUAAAGAGAAAUUGUCCACAGCGUCCUCCCUAUCCAACUGUUUGCAUAGACACAUUUUGUUCAUUAAGUUUUUUUUGGACCCGAGGCUCCGCUCCCGAGUUGUGAUACUUUUUCUUAGCGUACAGUCUAGUCCUGCGGUGCUAUGAGGGCGCCACCGUUGCUCUUAUCGCACCCAAGCUCCACUCAUUUCUGUGGCUGGCUGCUUUGAUUGACAGGACUAGUCAGUGGCAAAUCAGCCAUGGAGGGUGCUGGCCACAGAAAGGAGUGGGGCUCGUGUCCAAAAAGACCAAUGGUGUCGCCCUCAUUACACCAAAGGCCUCAUUUCCAUAUUAAGAAAAAGUGUCAUAACUUGGCAACGGAGCCUCAGAGCAACAAAAGAAAAAUUACAGCUACGGGACUAUGCAAACAUCUUGAUGGGGAGGUCAUUGGUGGCACAUUACCUUUCAACCAAAUGUCUCUAUUUUAUUUUUUUGCUGUAGUAAUCAUAUUAAGUACGGCCAGUGGGUUGUCAGUACUAGGAGUAAGAUCCAGUAUGGUGGGUUGCUAGUGCCCCUGUUGAUAUUAGGCCUUACAGGCGUGCACACAGACACUGGAGCAAUAAUCUAGAGUCCUUAUUAACUCUUCAACCAGUAUAGGGAUGGUUGGUUCUCACCUUCACGCCAUACAGUUCACUUGCCCAUCAUAUUAACAAUGAGAUUUGUUGUUCGUCAAUUACUUUUUAGAAUUUUUUUAAUUUAUUUUUUUGUUCCUCUCCCAUUUUUUAAAAUCUCUUCUACAAUCUCAAACCUAAAUACCACACUUGAGAUUAACCAGCAAUGCCUAUUUCCUAAUCUUUCCCUCAAUCUCUGUUGCAUCCGAUGACUAAAUCGCACAACCACAACUAAAACAGAAUUGGGCCAUCACAACGGUCAGUGUAAAAGGGCUUACGGGAACAUUUGCCUAACUUGCAGGGCUGACGUCAUUUCGGAUUGAGUAUUCUAUGAAUAUUUGUAAACCAAUUCAGGGACAGACCAUCUUGGAAAGCGUCCACAAUUUGAUGGCACAGUUUUUUUCCCUGCAUCCCCCUCCCUUCCCCAUCCUUUCACAUUACCAACUCUGCUUGAGUUUUCUACCUUUCUAGGAACACAUUUAAGUUAUGCUACUAAAAAAAAGCACACCUAGUUGUAAAUAAGUCACAUUAAAUCUAUUUAUUCAUGUUUUGUAUAGCUAAUGUAUUAGAGAUUCCUAUGAAUUUGUGCUUUUAUAAAUGUUCUUCAAACUUUUUUGUAUGUAUAUAAAUAUAUAAUAGAGAUCUCUAUCUGCAAAUUGUAAGAGUGUGUUCUCUUACACGGGACUUUAGCACACCUUUUAACUACUCCGAAUCAUUAUCAUUUUUCCUUUCCUUACUCUAAAGAGGGGCAAUUUUUUAUGAUUGCAUUUUACUCAUUUUGGGUUACAUUAUUUUUCUAUUGGUUUUAUUAAAAAUGUUCAGCUAUUUUUGAGAUACAAGGGUCAAAAAAAAAAAUCUGUCUGCUCGUAGAGUAUCCCUUAAGGUCGAUUUACACUGCUCGAUAAUCAGCUUGUUUCCGACAAUCUGCCCAUUUAAAUGUGCCGCCGAUCACCUAAUGAAUAAGCAAAACACUCUUUCAUCGGGUGAUCCUGUCGUUUGUGCAGGCACAUCAAUCAUUGUCUGUUUUUGGGCAGCAGAACGUGCAGUCUAAACAGUGAUCUACUGCCCAAAAACAAAGAUCACAAUAGCGAUCUCUCGUCCACAUACUGUGAAGGAGAUUGCUGCAUGUAAACUGAGCCAACUGUAGUGAAGGAACGCUUCCUUCCCCACAAUCGGCUGUACAUUGGAGCGUCUAAAUCUGCCUUUAGUCCCGUCAGCUGACUGGCUCACGUGAAGCCUAUUAUCUGACAUCUUAACCUCAUAGACACUUAUUGAAGCCAUAUUCUUAUCAGCUUGAGUUUAGCUAUAAUAAGUGUUUGAGGUCAGGAGAUCGGAGAGAAGGCUUUAUAUGAGCCCCUCAGUUCACUAAACUCAGGAGUGGCAGUAGACGGAUUUCUUUUUUUUUUUUUUUUUUUUUUUAACCCUUGUAUCUCAAAAACAGCUGAACAUUUUUAUAAUAAAGACCAAUUGCAAAAGUGAUUUUUAGCCCGAAAUGCAAUCCUACAAAAGAUUGGCCCAAGGUUGUCCAUAACCUUCAAGUUUAUCAGCACUGUCAAUGCCUCAGAUGGGACACCGUUGCAGCAUUAAAAGGCUCAGAGGUGACUGUGCCAGCACUGUGCCAAUUGUCCAUCAGAAACACUACACCAUAUCCAAUCCGGCUAGGGGAGGGGGGGUGGAGACAUUUCUUUUGAGAUUAAAUAAUUUUGUGCUGUAUAUGAUGGUUGUAGCCGCUCCUCGGACUCCAGCAAUAUUCUCGUGAAUGCAGUUUAUCAGUUCAACUAAUGAUAUUGCACAUUUUGUAUUGAAUUGAUAGACGGAAUAUUGGUUUAGUCUUCUUCAAUAUGGCUGCUUCUUCUGUAUGUAGAGGACCAGUAUAAAAAUGGCAAUAGUUUUUCUUUUUUUUUUUUAUGUGCUUUACAUCUUUGUCUUGUGUUUUUCAUUGUGUGAGUUUGCUUAAUGAAACAAUUGAUACCCCCACCUGAAGAAGUAAGAUAGACACAGGUUCUGGAAUGGGAGACUUGGUGAACAGUAGGCACCUGAAAAGAGCCUAAUGUUACCAAUUGGAAUAUGAAAUUUUCUACCCAUGGUUGGCCAUUACCUUAAUAAUUUCCUCUUUACCAAAUUAAUUGGACAUUAUUCAUUCUCAGGGACAACAGGAAUUAUAAAGUAAAGAGUCAAAUAGCUUUGUUCAUCAGAUGUUAAUAUUUGCAUACAACAUGUAUAACAGAAACUUGGAGAUGGGGUGGCGAGUUGGAACCACUGUUGACUUGUCGGCCUCCAAUUUUCUGAUUUCAUAUGCAUUGGUGAUGCAGAAAUGAUCCCUACUGUCCAGGGUGUUGAUAUUGGUGAAUAGUACCCAGCUAUGUGCCUCUCAGUGCAAUAACCCACAAAGGUUGAAUUAUUUUCCUUUGUUUGAGGAUAUUUGAUGACAAGAAGCAGAAAAACAUGCGGCAUACAGGGUCCAUUUGUAUCUUUUCAUGUCUCUGCAUCAAACAGUGUUUGUAGACAACGCAAUGCGCUGAGACCCUUCAUAUACAAUUGGAGACGUACACAAGAAUUUGAGGCUUUUAAGAUAAAAGGGAACACAGUCCAUCAAUGCUUUUAUUAUGCACAGAACUUUUCUCCAUGAAUAGUCACUAGCGAAACUUAAUAUUUGUAUUGUCGGAGGAUCUGAUAACCAUUAGGGUAAAUGGUGCUUGGGUCUGUAGCUUUGCACUGACUUAUUUCCGUUCGUAAAAUGGGCCUUCUCGACUCGCAGUGCUCGUUACAGACAGCCUUAUGUGCAAAACCUGUAUUCCAGGCAACCAGUAUCUUCACAGCAUCUCAAGAGGCCAUGGAGCUCUAUAAAACUCCCAAAAACUUUCACCUUGGUUUGGCAACUUCCAAUAUUUGGGACACUGUAUUGUCAUAUGCAUGUGUGGUUCUGGUAAUUGUGGGAUCUCCUAGCUCAUGUUGUCUUUAGUUCAGGCCAAGAACAGUUUCAUGUAGACUAUUGAUGCAUCUUCUGAUUCCUAUUGAAUCUUCAAACCCCUACACUUCUUCUUUUUUUUUUUUUUUUUAUGAAUUCUGUAAGAUUUCAAGUUAAUGGAUGUUCUUCUUAAAAGCUGUCAAGCCUGAGGCCUUCAGACACAACACUACUUUAGAUUUGCCUUGUCAAAGAAAGUAAGAUAUUAACCUUACACAACAACUGCUUCCCUUAUGGCUAAAAGACCUAUUUUCUCCUAUAAUGUGCCCACCAGCAUCACCAGGUCAGUAACUGUUAUUGACAAAUGUCCUUUCCUCUUGCAAGAUCCGUAUGGUGACAAGCUCUGAAGGCCUGCAAUAACUAUAUCCUCCUAUUCACGUACACACCGUGUCUUGUGAUGAAAUGUGUUUUCCAACAUAACACAAAAAGGAACCUAUAAAUCUUUAAUAUUUGGCAUUUAUUACCUUCCCUUGAUGCCACUCAAAGUGUCUUAUAUCCAGGCAAGCCUUUGUUAUAUUAUAAUAGGGAUUUUAAAAACCUCACCGGCCAAUGGAACAGUGUUGUACUGUAUAGUAACCUGGUCAAUUGAUACCACCAGAUUUGUGUACAAUUAGAUGAUGUGUUUUACUGUGGAAAGCUGUUAGCAUCUGCCUGACCCAUGGGUUCCAGAGGUUUUAUUUUUAAUUUUUUUCUCAUCUUUUUAAGCCUCGGCAACUUAAGAAUUGUAACUUGAGCUCUGAUUUGGGCAACAAUGCCAGUUUUUCUGGCAGAGUUGGUAAAUGCGGCCCUAUAGUCUUUAAUCCCUUUAAAUAUGCAUUUAUAAAAUAUGGCAGUCUUAUCAAGAUGGGAUCACUGGCAGUUGUUUUGGCUUAAUACAAACAUCUUUAAUCCCGUUUCCCAUUUUUUUAAUACUCAUGUUCUACUGGAGAUUUUUUUAUUAUUUUUUUUAUUGCCUUUUCAGAUAUCUUUUAGAAGAGAUGGCUAUUUUGUAGGCCAGGCAUGCUCAGCCUCUGGCCCUCCAGCUGUUGCAAAACUACAACUCCCAUCAUUCCCGGACAGCCUACAGCUAUCAGCCUACAGAAGGCCAUGGUGGGAGUUGUAGUUUUACAACAGCUGGAGGGCCGCAGGUUAAGCCUCCUUGUUGUAGGCUGACCCAAUGUUCCCAUAGGCCAAAUGACUUUUGCUCAGGAGUAUGGACAGGAACCAUUCAUCUUGGAAUCAAUUUUUUUUAGGUUGGGUUGAUAGAUUCCCUAGCGCCUACUUGAUCACAUCUGGCUGGGAGGUGCCCUUUUACCCAUAUGAUAUCUUAUGGCUGGUCAGUUGUGUAUGCUUUCUUUAUUUAGCUCACCACUACAUUACUCUCAUGUAUUUCUUUCUCUGCCUUCUAAAUUCCAACAUCGCAGAUCGUUGCCAGGUCAUUACCAUCCUUCUGUUUUAAAGCGGCAAUCGGGCAGCUAGGGACAAGGUUCCCACUUCAGCCUAAAUUUGAACAUUUAGGAUUGGUAAAAAAAAACAAAAAACAAUAUGGCACUUCUGAUGGCACGUUAUCUGUUGUAUUUAUAGCUUUGUCCUUUUUUUUUAUGUUAUUUCCCCUUUUGUACAUCCCUAUUUUGUGAAUGUUAUCUAUGUUGUAUUCAGUUUUAAAUAUGAAAUGAAAAACAUAUUGUAUGUGAUCAGUUUUAAGUUGAGGCAAGUGCCUGCAAUUAUAUUAUUGCAUAAUAAAUUUCUAGAGUCUCGAUAAAGCGCAUUUUCUACCAAAAUGUAUUUCUUUAAACACAAAGUUCAUGAUGACCUCUGCAAGCUGUUCUCCAUUUCUAAAUGUGAAUUGCCGUGCCUCGGUGGUAGAGCAAGCUUCUCAAUAAUUGCAAUCAAAUUUCAGAUCUCCACCCCUUUAAAAGAUAUAUUGAGUGUAAACGACUGGUAUAGAUACUGGUGGUUCUUCCUGCUCUAGCCCAACAACUAACUUGUAACCAUUGGUUGCCUAUGCCUGAGUGCUUGAUGUAUUGGUGGAAAUUCAUUGCUGCUUAUUAUUCUGUGUACUUAAAGAUUUAUGAAUUCCCUUUUUAUAAAGAUUUAAAAGCAUUUGGAGGGUUUAAAAAUGGGGGGAAAUAAAGAAACUGUAUAUAUAAUGGAUGCUUUUCUAUAGCAGUAUAGUAUGUUUUAGGCGGUAUUACCGUAAUUGUCCCUGUAUUGCAACGUUUUAUUGUCCAAGAAAGCAGUGCAAUAUUUUAUCUGUAGUAGAGUUCCAUAGACCGCAAUCUGUACGAGGGUUGUAGAACGGGUUGCUGAACGUCCUGCCAGUAGGCUACAAAGAGUGACAGUCAUGUGAAUUCUGCAGCUCGCUAGAUCCAAAUUUAUUUGCCAUGUCCACCUGUUAUGUCAGGCAGCCAUGUUUCUUAUCCGUUCCUUCAUCCUUCUUACAACAAAUGUCACUUUCAGCUUUCAGUUUCUUCACCAGUCUUCCAAAAAGCAGCAGGCAUGGGAAUAGUAUGUAGAGAAUGUCCUUUGGUUAUUUCCCACAUGUCUGUAUUGAUCCCUUUUUUUGUUUUUUUUUUAUAUAUUUUGGUAUUUUAUUUUAUUUUUUUGGCGCUGUGUUGAGAUCACAUUAUGGUGCUUUUUACUGCAUUCAGCACAUUCAUUUUUAGAAUCUACGUUUUAGAAGAUAAAAAGAAAAAAUAUAUUAAAACUUGCUGUGUAUAUGGAAAUACUUCUGUACUGUUAAACUGUUCAAAAUGAAAUAAAAAUAUUUAAUUACUACAGUUA